UCUCUUCCCCUGUCCUCAAGAGACAAUCUUCUACAGUCCCAUCAACAGCAACAGUGUCAGCAACAACCGCAUCAAUUUCAACACCAGCACAAUUUGUUCAACUCAGCGCCACCAGAAGCAGCAUAGUCAGCAGCAACAGCAUUUUGUUAAACAAUGAGGAUAUGGUCAUGCUAAGGUGAUGAGAAUAGGCAGUCAGGUGAAGCGUGAACCUGGAAUGGAGCAGCAGAAUGAAGUGAUGCAUUCACAAGUUUCUGAGCCAUUCCAGAUGCCUGCGUCACAAAACCAAUUUCAGCUGAAUCCUUCUGAAGACCAUUCUAUGGGUGCUCAACAUUUAUCUGUUUCUUCUGGAUCUCAAUCAGAGGCAGCUCUUCAGGGUCAAUGGCAUCCUCAAUCACUGGAAAGGACUCACAUGACCGGGAACAUUUCACAUGAUCAGCAUAUACAGGAGGAUUUCCGCCAGAGGAUAGCCGGGCAAGGUGAAGCUCAGCGUAAUAAUUUAUCUUCAGAUGGAUCUGUUAUGGGUCAACCUGCCAGUUCUAGAAGCAUGACAGAGCCCCCAAAUUCUAGAGGUACUAGCUGCAGAUCUAGCAAUGGAAACCGUGAUCGACAGUUUAGAAAUCAACAGAGAUGGCUUUUGUUCUUGCGCCAUGCACGUCGAUGUACUGCUCCUGAAGGGAAGUGUCAGGACAUUCAUUGCAUUACUGUUCAAAGAUUGUGGAAACAUAUGGAGAAUUGCAAUUCACCUCAAUGUCCAUACCCUCGUUGCUAUCAUUCCAGAAUUUUGAUAAAUCAUCACAGGCAGUGCAGAGACUCUUGUUGCCCUGUUUGUGUUCCGGUGAAGAACUAUCUGCAUCAACAAAAGGAACGUGCUCGUCCUAACUCUGACUCUCGGUUGCUGAAUUCGGUUGGUGGAUCUUGUAAAUCCUAUGAUACUGGAGACACUUCAGGUGGAGUGAUUCCUAAAACUCCACCUGUUGUUGAAAGUUCACAAGAUAUACAGCCUUCUCUAAAACGCAUGAAAUUAGAACAAUCCUCUCAAUCUCUUGAUCCUGAGAGCAAUGCAGUAUUGACUUCUGCAAUUUCUGAACCCCAUGUUUCCCAAGAUGUUCAGCACCAAGAUUACAAACAGGGCAAGAUGGGUAUGCCCAUUAAGUCGGAGUUCAGGGAAGUAAAGACUGAAGCUCCUGUAAGUUCUGGACAACGAAGUCCUGAUAACAGUGAUAUGAAGGAUAAUGUGGAUGACAUUGGCAACCAAAGGCCUGAUGGUGAGCCUAUCAUAUGUGAGGAGCCUACUGCAUUAGCUGAGCAAGAAAAUAUUAAAGCUGAGAAAGAGAGUGAUGUACCUAAGCAAGAAAAUGUGACACAGCCUGCUGAAAAUGCUGCUGGAACCAAGUCUGGAAAGCCAAAAAUAAAGGGGGUAUCACUGACCGAACUGUUCACUCCAGAACAAGUUAGAGAGCACAUAACAGGCCUCAGGCAGUGGGUAGGCCAGAGUAAAGCAAAGGCAGAAAAGAAUCAAGCAAUGGAGCAUGCAAUGAGUGAGAACUCUUGUCAGCUGUGUGCAGUUGAGAAGCUCACUUUUGAACCGCCACCUAUAUAUUGCACACCAUGUGGUGCUCGUAUUAAGCGAAAUGCAAUGUAUUAUACCAUGGGAGCUGGUGAUACAAGGCACUAUUUCUGUAUUCCAUGUUAUAAUGAGGCUCGUGGAGACACCAUCGUUGUUGAUGGAAAUAAUAUUCCAAAGGCAAGGCUGGAGAAGAAGAAAAAUGAUGAGGAGACUGAAGAAUGGUGGGUUCAAUGCGACAAGUGUGAAGCUUGGCAACAUCAAAUUUGUGCUUUAUUUAAUGGUCGAAGGAAUGAUGGUGGGCAAGCUGAAUACACUUGUCCUAAUUGCUACAUAGCAGAGGUUGAAAGAGGAGAACGCAAGCCUUUACCACAGAGUGCUGUUCUGGGGGCCAAAGAUUUGCCAAGAACAAUCCUUAGUGACCACAUAGAGCAGCGAUUGUUUAAGAGACUGAAGGUGGAGAGACAAGAAAGGGCAAGGAUUCAAGGAAAAUCAUAUGAUGAGGUUCCUGGGGCUGAAUCACUUGUAGUUCGAGUUGUUUCAUCUGUUGACAAAAAGUUGGAAGUGAAGCAGCGUUUUCUUGAAAUUUUUCACGAAGAGAAUUACCCAACUGAGUUCCCAUAUAAGUCUAAGGUAAUUCUGCUGUUUCAGAAGAUUGAAGGUGUAGAAGUAUGCCUUUUUGGCAUGUAUGUUCAAGAAUUUGGAUCAGAGUGCCAAUUUCCAAAUCAGCGUCGUGUGUAUCUAUCAUAUUUGGACUCUGUGAAGUAUUUUAGGCCUGAGAUUAAAGCAGUUACUGGAGAAGCACUUCGUACAUUUGUCUACCAUGAAAUCCUGAUUGGCUACCUUGAAUAUUGCAAGUUGCGUGGUUUUACAAGCUGUUAUAUAUGGGCCUGCCCUCCUCUAAAGGGUGAAGAUUAUAUAUUAUAUUGUCAUCCAGAGAUUCAGAAAACUCCAAAAUCUGAUAAGCUUCGAGAAUGGUAUUUGGCGAUGUUAAGAAAAGCUUCCCGGGAAAGCAUUGUGGUUGAUCUUACUAAUUUAUACGAUCACUUCUUUGUAUCCACUGGUGAAUGUAGAGCUAAGGUAACUGCGGCUAGACUGCCAUAUUUUGAUGGUGACUACUGGCCUGGUGCUGCAGAAGAUCUAAUCUAUCAGAUUCGUCAAGAAGAAGAUGGCAAAAAACAGAAUAAGAAAGGAAUAACCAAAAAAACUAUCACAAAAAGGGCUCUUAAAGCAUCUGGUCAAACUGAUCUCUCCGGUAACGCGUCAAAGGAUCUGCUACUAAUGCAUAAACUUGGUGAGACCAUUUGCCCAAUGAAGGAAGAUUUUAUCAUGGUUCAUUUACAGCAUGCGUGCAAUCAUUGUUGUAUUCUGAUGGUAUCUGGGAAUCGUCAUGUAUGCAGACAGUGUAAAAAUUUUCAGCUUUGUGAUAAGUAA